CUUCUCCCCAUCGCCUCUAUUUUUUAUUUCUUGCUAACGGACCUUUUUUUUUACACUCUUUUUUUGUUAUUUUCUUUAUUUAUUUAUCGCUAGGCUGCCGAUUCAUUUGUGCGCAGUUGCUGAAAACACACGUGCACUUUCAACCUUUUAAAAAAAGUCACAACCAAACCAAAUACGCAAAACCACCCGAGCAAGUAGUCAGCCGGCGAAGGAGAACAAACAGUACACAACGUAAUCUUCAAUUUCCCAAUUCCGGGUCAUUUUGGCAGCUCUUCUCACAAUCGCGCUCAGAUAUACUCACAGACGCAAAAACCACUUGCGUUUUCUCCCUGCUAGUCGUAUCGGAUAGUCACUCUAAUGUACGUUUAUCAUGCGAAUUCUGCGAUGCAUUUAAAAUCAAAGAGUUACCAAUUCCUAAUUGCAUUUCACGCGUAUAUAAACAUAACUUAUGUUUCUGCUGCUGCCGCCGCUGCUAGUGCGCGUGAAAUUGCAAAUUGUUAGCUGAAUCGUGACCAAACCACACUGCCAAUUCUACACAAAUUAUAGCUUGUCACUGGAGUGACCUUGUUCUUUUUAACUACCAUCGGAUUAUAAGCUGCAGCCUUUUUGAGCACUGUUUAUUUUUCGCACUCAGUGUCAUUUAUUCUUGCUUGCUUGCAGCACUUGGUGGGUUUUUUUCACCUACCGGCGUGUUCAAUGUUUUGUACUUGAUUACUUCCAGCUACUGUUGGCAGAGCCAACAAUUUGGAAGGCGAUGUGGAUGGCGACAGUGCCAAUACUUGUGCUAGUGUGCGAACAAGCAUGGUCUUGGUACCUGUGGGCCCUCUGCUCGAAAGUUCCGAGGCAUGAAAAUUUUUUAUAUUUUUAUAUUUUUGUUUUCAGUUUUCGUUAUUUCACCCGUAUUUUUUCGUU